UGGAGGGAACUACUCCAAGCUAUAGAUGUGAGAUAGAAAAGGUGGAGAUUUCCCAGCACCUCAGCAGGUUUAUGCCAGUAGCUAUUGUGGCACUCAGAUCUACUGUGUUUGUCUUGACCAACUGGAUCUAUUCUUUUCAGAAUCGAUAUGUAUGUGGAAGGAAUGUUUGAUCUGAAUGAGCUACUCAUGAACUAUGAUUUCGAACCAGCAGAUAAAAAGGAGCAACUUUUUGCUAAUAUGAUGGACAAGGCCGCAAACAGAUACUUCCCAGCCUUUGAGAAGGUUUUGAAAGACCAUGGACAAGACUUUCUUGUUGGCAACCAGUUAAGCAGGGCAGAUGUGCAGUUACUUGAAAUCCUUUUGAUGGCAGAAGAGUUCAAGCCUGAUAUACUUGCCAAAUUUCCUCUCUUGCAGCGUUUUAAAGCAAGAAUAAGCAAUAUCCCCACAAUAAAGAAAUUCCUGCAGCCUGGCAGCCAGAGGAAAUCACCAGUGCGACCAGAAGAUGUACCCAAAGUGCUGGCAAUUUUCUCCUGAGCAGCAGCCUAAAGCCACAUUUCACUGUG